AUGUCUGAGGGUUUAAGUUCUGGAAACGAUAAAGAGGAAAAAACUCUUGAUUCCUCACCAAAAAAUGGACGUACUUUAUCUACUAGUACGUCUGGAUUCGAACCAUUAGAUCCUCACGAUCCAAAUAUCAGUUUACUAGCCAAUAAAAUGUUUCAAAAAUGUGCAGAAUUAUUAUUAGGAGAACUUACUUCAACUCAAGAAGACUACAAUUUAUUAGAAAAUAUGAAUAAGGCUGUGAUAACAAAGUAUUCAGAUAUGCAUCAAGUAGCCAUAAAAAUUACAAAUUCAAUGCAAGAAAUUGAUACAAAAUAUAAACAGUUAAGGCCAUAUUUAGAUCAGAUAGAUUUAAUUGAAGAUAGUGUUAAUAAAUUAGAACAAGCAGCUUAUAAAUUAGAUAGCUAUUCGAAAAGAUUAGAAAUAGUUCAUUACGAUAAUGUUUCCAUAUUUUAA